AUGGAAGAUGUGCUGGUCCAAUUCUACCGCGGUCAGUUUCGGUGCUCAUUGGGGUAUUUACGAGAUCUUCAUGGUUGGCAAGGUCAGUAUGACAAGUUGGAAUCAAAUCAUCUGUACAUACAGUGGCUUUUUCCCAAUUAUUUCCAGUCGCAAUUUAAUUCCACGGCGCCGCUAUUGAGCAAACCUGGAGCUCGCGUUUUCCGCAGCGACGCAGAGAUCGCGGGAAAAUACAUCCAAUCAUACCAGCUCUUCUUGGACUUCUUGGGCCUGAGGCUCGUUGAUGACAAGACCGGAGAAAUCGGUCGUAUUCCAAACGGGCGCACCAGAUUAUAUGAAGCUUUAGUGCUUCGACAUCACAAUCACCUUCGAAUCCGACGGGUAUUGGCUUCCCUGGCAGUCACCGGGUUUGAGCGUUACAUGGCCCCAUUGGUAAACCAUUUGCGGUGGGAGAUUCUGGGGAUCAGUCCUCGUGAGAAGAGUCAGGCGCACCCAUCGGUGCGCCGGCGCAUGGCUGCUUACGUGCGCACCAUGCUGCCAGGCCGUGAAAAACCCAUCCUGCGGCCGCUCCGGAACAUCCCCUCGGCCUUGGAGACCUGGGACAAGUACGUUGAUGGCAAUCCGCACAAUUAUUCCAAGAACACUCGCGCUUCCGAAGAAGACCGUGUCGAGUCGGUUUUCUUUGGGCGCACGGGUCAGGAGUUUACCGGUGGGUCGCCGGAGGAGCUCGAGCUUGAGUCUGAGCGUGCAGAGAAACGGCUGCAGUCUACCGAGACGUGUUGCACGAGCUGCGCGCGUUUGCUGAUGAUUCACUAG